ACGUCCCACUAUAUAAGAUAGCCGACCAACCAUCCUAUCCCCACAGACCGAGCCAGAUCGGCAGACCGUUCACAGACGGACCAACGAACCGAUCUACCGACACACUAAUACACGACACAUCUUUUUCAUUCGCGACAGAUCGCGACAAGCUAAACACGCUGAAAGUCAAUCGAGGGUUUAAAACGCUCGUUCGCGUCGAUCGGAAUCGUUACAAACGAUUUCUUCGAUUUCCAAACGCACCGUUCCAGAGAAAGUGAUAUCGGAUUUUCGGCCUUUUUACUUCGACACGCGUCGAGAUUCCUGUUGCGAACAGCGCACCGUGAAUUUUUCGGGGUAAAUCGAAAGUAAAUCGUCUUUACACGAGAAAACGCUAAAGGUUUCUUUUCGCGUAAGCCAAAGGUACCGUAGGUCGGGGUACCGCGUUCUCCGUACACGUUAAACAAAACCACAACCGGAGAACUGUGCCGUAAACGUAAGUGAGUGCACCGAGGAGAAACAGCAACGAAGAUGAUCCCUUUGACAGCCACCACGUGCUUUCUGAUCGCCGUCACUUUCCUGGCACUCGCGCUGAUCCUGCUGGAUUAUCUCCGCUCGAAGAAGACGUCGAAGAACGUGAUCGUGGACGAUGACAGCCACUUGUUGCCGGAACCACCGGGACCGAAACCGUGGCCGAUCCUUGGCUCCCUUCACAUCCUGGGACGCUAUAACGUGCCCUAUAAAGCUUUCGGUGACCUGGUUAAGGAAUACGACUGCGAGGUGAUCAAGCUAAGGAUGGGAUCUGUGCCCUGUGUGGUCGUAAACGGUUUGGAGAACAUCAAAGAGGUGCUGAUCACCAAAGGACACCAUUUCGAUUCCCGGCCGAACUUCGACAGAUAUCAUCUGCUGUUCGGUGGAAACAAGGAGAAUUCUCUGGCGUUCUGCAACUGGUCGGAGGUUCAGAAGACACGAAGAGAAAUGGUUCGAGCGUACACGUUCCCCCGAGCCUUCUCCGCUCGUUAUAACGAGCUGAACGGUAUAAUCAACGACGAGAUGAAGUUCCUGGUCGACCAUCUGGGCUCCCUGUCCAAGAAGGACGUGAACACGAAACCGUUGAUCCUCCACUGUUGCGCCAACAUUUUCCUCACUUAUCUAUGCUCAAAGAACUUCCGGUUCGAGCAUGCCGGUUUCCGUAACAUGGUAGCCAAUUUCGAUCGGGUCUUCUUCGAGGUGAACCAAGGAUACGCGGCCGAUUUCCUGCCGUUCCUAAUGCCCCUUCAUCAUCGUAACAUGGCGAGGAUGGCUCACUGGAGUCACGCGAUACGCAAGUUCAUCAUCGAGAACAUAAUAUCCGAGAAAUUGAACAACUGGAACGGCAUGGUACCCGAGAACAAUUACAUGGACUGUCUGAUCAAUCAUGUGAAGACCGACGCUGAGCCGCACAUGUCCUGGAACACCACGUUGUUCGUGCUUGAGGACAUAAUCGGUGGGCACACCGCGAUCGGUAAUCUCCUGGUCAAGGUGCUCGGGUUCCUCGCGACGCGACCGCGAGUUCAGCAGAUCGCGCAACAGGAAAUCGACGCUGUCGGGAUCACGGGACACUACGUCGGCCUGGAGAACAGAGGAUCCUUGCCAUACGUCGAGGCGAUCAUCUUGGAGACCGUUAGAAUAAUCGCCAGCCCUAUCGUGCCGCACGUGGCCAAUCAGGAUAGCUCCAUCGCUGGUUACAGAAUCAAAAAGGACACGUUCAUCUUUCUGAACAACUACGCCCUGAACAUGUCGAACGAGCUGUGGACGUCGCCGGAGGAAUUCAUGCCCGACAGAUUCGUGCAGAACGGCAGGCUUUUGAAGCCGGAACACUUCUUGCCGUUCGGCGGUGGUCGAAGGUCGUGCAUGGGCUACAAGCUGGUACAGUAUCUCAGCUUCUCGAUCGUGGCCACGUUGCUGAAGAACUUCACGAUAGUGCCGGUGGAGAAGGAGGAUUACACGAUCCCUAUCGGCAAUCUGGCCCUGCCCGAGAUCACCUUCAAGUUCCGUUUCGAGAGACGGUAGGGCAGCGAACGGCGGCGAAGGUUCGCCAGGAAGAUUAAAAGGGCCGACUCGACGAGUCCGGUUGCUUUUCACCGAAUGCUGCGAACGAGCUAAGCUCACCGGCGACUUAUUGGACGAUAAGGUGUUUUUUUUUUUUUUUUUUUUUUUGAAUUUAGCCUAAGGAUCUUCGCAAACGAACGCGGAGUCGGCUGAACAGAGAGGUUCUCAAUGUAAUUAGCAAGGAAGAAAAUGAAAAAAAGAAAAAAAUCAAGCUUUACAGAAGGUCGAAUGCCACGGUGCUACUAUCAGGAUUCGACGCUUCCAUGGCAACGAGAGCUUUACUGACAUUACUAGACGCUUAAGCUAGCUAAUUUGUUGAUCGUCCGUCGAUCCGUGACGACUACUCUCCCCUUUCCUCGAGAACACCCCCCCUAAACCCGGUCGAAGACGAUCAGCCGCGUAAUCAGGAGAGAAAACUUGGACUGAAUCGAAGAGGACUGACCCUAUGGUUGAUGCUGCAAGAGAGCACUACUGUUGCUUUAGCUGAACACUUUUAUUAGGUAAAUCGAGUCUUGCCGUUCAUCUUCUUCAGCGACUUCCUUGAGUAGAAGGUACGUAGAGUAAAACAGAUAACGCGUCGCUUUAUCGAAUGAUCGUCGGUUUCUGACAGUUGCAUUUGUACCGGGAAUUAAAUCAGGUUCGUUAGGUACAGUUUUACCAGUGUAAAUUCAGCAUAAGAAAGGUUAGUUUUCAAGAAACGAUCGAGGUGAUACAGAUACGAUCGAUAAUUUCUUCGAAAUUGAUCCCAGGGUCGAUCGACGCGAUUUUUCUCGUUUCGAUAAUUUUUGCUUGUUGACGACUCGCAAUCGAUCGAUUUCGAGGAAUCGAGCACGGUGAUUCACGGUUCCUAUCCAGAUCCAGGGAUCGGAAAUCGCCGAGUCCCACGAAUUUUCUGUUGAUCCCGACGAUCACGUACCGACCGUCAUCCGAUAAUGUUCUCGUUCGAAAGACGAGACGCGAGAACGUGACCGGCAAGAAAAUACGGGACGAGACGAGACGAGACGAGACGAUUUUCGUUCGUGUUUCGAUCGGUUGUUCGAUCGCGGGAAAAAGAGAGAAAAAUUUGACGACAUUUUGGAGAACGAAACGCCUCGCUAAACGUUUCUUUCGCGACCGGCUAAAAAUAUGUACGUUGCUUUCGACAUGCAUCGUUUGCGGUAUUCCCAAUACUCGACCAAUAUCGGCGUCGAUAUUGAUCCAAUAUUUUUUCCUUUUCCCGCCAAUCCUCGCGAUCUUGGAAUCGGCAAUUUUUAGUAUUAUAUUAAGUUCGAAGGGCACCGAUUCCAAUUCGGCGAAAGGCGGCGCGUAUUUAUUGUCGGAAUCGUGAUCGGUCGAGUUUGAUUUAAAAUAUUCGUAGGAAUCUUGACGCUUUUCUUUUUUUUUAACCCUUGAACG